CUUCUCUCUCCUCUCCUCUUGAUCAGUCAUCGCUGUCCGGACAGAACCAUAGCAUGACUACCUACACAGAUAAAGGGGAGAAGCCCGAGAAGGGAAAAUUUGUAAAGUUCCACCAUGUGACCUUCUGGGUGGGCAAUGCCAAACAGGCGGCUGUGUUCUACUGUGACAAGAUGGGCUUCGAGCCAGUGGCCUACAAGGGUUUGGAGACCGGCAGCCGAGAGGUGGUGUCCCAUGUCAUCAAACAGGAUAAGAUAUUAUUUGUCUUCGAAUCUGCUCUGAAUCCAGGAAAUGAAGAAAUGGGGGAACACUUGAUGAAGCAUGGGGAUGGGGUCAAAGACAUUUCUUUCCAAGUGGAGGACCUUGAAUUCUUAAUCAAGAAAGCUAAAGAGCGAGGGGCGGUGGUGGUCAAGGAGCCUUGGACUGAGCAAGAUAGCCACGGCAAAGUCAAGUAUGCUGUCGUUCAGACGUAUGGCGAUACAACACACACUCUCAUUGAGUACCUGGGUCCCUACAAAGGCCUGUUUCUGCCCGGAUACAACGCCUCUGUGGUAAAGGACUGCCUGCUACCCAAACUGCCGCCAGGACUUCUAAACUUCAUCGAUCACAUUGUGGGAAACCAGCCAGACGAUGCGAUGGUGCCCGUGUCAGACUGGUAUCAGAACUGCUUGCUGUUUCACCGGUUCUGGUCGAUAGAUGACAAACAGAUCCACACACAGUACAGCUCCCUGAGGUCAAUCGUAGUGACCAACUAUGAGGAGACCAUCAAGAUGCCAAUCAACGAACCUGCUCCUGGCAAGAAGAAGUCGCAAAUCCAGGAGUAUUGUGACUACAAUGGAGGGCCUGGUGUCCAGCACAUCGCCCUGAACACAUCCGACAUCAUUCAAGCUAUUGUGAACCUCCGAGCCCGGGGGAUGGACUUCCUGGCGGCCCCUGAUGUUUACUAUGAGAGCCUGAGGGAGAACCUCAAGACAUCUAAGAUCAAGGUGAAGGAGGACCUCAAGAGGCUACAGGAACUGAAAAUCUUAGUUGACUUCGAUGACAAGGGCUACCUGCUCCAAAUCUUCACCAAACCCGUGCAGGACCGACCAACCCUUUUUUUGGAAGUCAUUCAGCGUCACAACCACUUUGGCUUCGGGGCAGGAAACUUCAAGUCUCUGUUCGAGGCCAUUGAGAAGGACCAGGAUGCCAGGGGCAACCUCACCGCUUACAACUAAUAUCCCACCACCAUUGUACGGCUACACCAACGAAGCCAAGUUUAAUAUGUUGUACUGAAUGUUCAAUGUUGUAUGGCUUUGCUUAAAGAGAUUUAGGACAGAGAUUUAGCACCUAUUUUGAUAAAUGUAUGGGACAAGUUCUUGAAAGCAAUUACAAAAGCAAUCUGUGAAAUUUCUCUAUUCUACGAUCACUGCGACAACAUGCCUGAGCUUUCCACCUUUUACCUUUGUGAGGUAAGCGGCAGCAUAUAUCUGGCCAGUGACAACACGAUGAUAACUCUGAUACAUGACUGAAAAAUGGACAUGAAUUGAAUGACCUAGUUUUACAAUGGGAUUUGUCAGAUAAAUACAAGAACAACAACAACAAAAAACAGGUUAAUUUUACAUAGAAUUUAGACCAUAUUCAGCACCAGAGGUUUUUAUUUGAAAAUAAUUUAUUUGCAUAUAAUUGGAAUGAAGCCAGGUUGAUACAUCUGUGAUGGCACAUAGUUUCAUAUAGAUAUUGUUUCUAUACAGAAAGCAUGUAGUAUUUUUCAAAACCUGGACCAAAAAAAAAAAAAAAUGGAUAAAUAUAUUAGUAAAUAAAUAUAUUAGUGACAUAUCACCAUAUUGAAAUGUUCUAUUAUAUAUAAAAUACAACACUUUAUUUCA